AUGCCGGCUGAUUACAAUCUGUUUGCCGAUGAUUUUCGUCGAGAUCCAAAUCAUGCAUGGAUUAUGAAACCAGCAGCAAGAGCGCAAGGAAAAGGCAUAUUUCUCAUUAACAAAAUGUCUCAAAUUAAAAAGUGGUCGCGAGAUGGUACUAAACAACUUACACCUUCUGCACCAAGUCGUGAAACAUACGUUAUAUCAAGAUAUAUUGAUAAUCCUCUAUUGAUUGGUGGAAAAAAGUUUGAUUUACGCUUAUACGUUUUGCCCACUGAUCGGCUUUUUGACGAAAUGGCAUGGAUUAUUGUUCAUUCACUUAAAGCAGUGACGAGCGUGAUUACAAGUGAUCGUCAUUGUUUUGAAUGUUAUGGAUACGAUAUUAUUAUUGAUGACAAUUUAAAACCAUGGCUAAUUGAAGUAAAUGCAAGUCCCUCUCUCACAUCGACGACAUCAAAUGAUCGCAUUAUGAAGUUUAAAAUGCUUAAUGAUGUACUAAAUAUUGUGGUACCAAAUGGAGAAAUACCCGAUAUUAAAAAUAAGCCGCAAACAGUUACAAGAGAAACAUUAGGCAACUUUGAUUUGUUAUAUGAUGAAGAACAAGCACAAAUAGAACUAUCCGACAAAGAUUAUCGAGAACAAAAGGGUAAAGGCGGCAUUGUACCAAUAAUUUCAAAAACAGGUCUUCUAUUAGCAAAAACAAAACAAUCGUCAGCGUGGAGAUAA